AAUUCGCCCCCGCCUCAAACCAAGGGCUCAAAACGAUGGGAUACGGGCACUCCUGGUGGCCCGCCUUUCUUGGGGACAACACAACUUGCUGCGGAAGCAGCGGCGAGGGAAUUUCCAAAUCCGCCAGCCCAUGCAAUGGCCGGCCCUCCUUCAUUCUCUCUGGCUCUCGUCACCAACACCUCUGCGAAAACCAGAAAAAGAAAGAAGGGCAAACGUCAUAACUCCAUCGAACCCCAUGGGAUUCUCUUCCAAUUUUCAAAUCCAUGGGUGAAGAAGAAGGGUCGUUGGAGGACGCUGGGACGCCCCUGUCCUCGGUUGCCAAUGCUUUCGAAGACCUCGCCGCCACCAUCGCCUCCAACUCUUCAAAAGCCGAUUGUGACCUCAGCCUCUCCCAAUUCACUCAUGCCUGCUCCCUCGUCUCCGUCCUCUUUGGAUCCCUUGGCUUCGCUUUCAAAUUCGCCGAGAUGGAGUAUGUGGCCAAGGUACGUGACCUCUCAGAGGCGUCAAAGACAUACAGCACUCUAAAUGAUAUACUUGACUAUGAUGUAAAUCGGAAUACUGUGAGGCAACCAGGAAGCCUUUCGCGCAACUUGCGUAGAGUUAGGCAGGGUCUUGACCUCAUCAGAGCAUUAUGUGAACAAUUUCUUUCAUCAGAUCGAUGCUCUCUAAAAGCAGCAGCUACAACAGCUUAUGAACAAGUUUGUGCUCCAUAUCACACAUGGACAAUCAGGAAAGCAGUCGGUGCUGGAAUGUAUGCUCUUCCAACAAGGGAACAACUUCUUUUGAGGCUAAAUGAAACUGACCACUCAGUACAAAAGGAAAUGGCUAGGUAUAUCGCUGCAUGUAAUCCAGUUAUAGAGUACAUUGACAAGCUUUACAUAUCUAGAGACAUCAGCUUGGACUGGUGAUGUGAUCAAUAAUGGUGGGUGGGCCAGCAGUGUAAAUAUACUUGGCAGUAAUUGGAUGGAUUCGUCCUGCGUGCCUCUCUCUCUCUCUCUCUCUCUCUCUCUCUCUCUCUCUCUCUCUCUCCAGUUGAGCAUGUUAUGAAAUUAUGUAUGUAAAUCAGUUUCUGAUUUCGGUGUCAUGGAGUACUUGGGUUUUAGGAGUCUUGCUUCUGUUCCUCUAGAUAUCCAGUGAUGCCAGGCAUUGUUUGUGAUAUAGUUAAACAAUUUCAUUGAUUGUAUUUGAAGAUUAUAAGGUAGCUAAUGGUAGUAACAAAGGCAUUGUGUUUUCUUUC